UGCUUUCACUUCAAACAAAAUGAAACGCGCGCCCGUCUCGCGGCCCAACCUCGCGCCUAUUGCCAACUGAUUCUGCCGACCUCCGGACGCGGCUGAUUUCAAAUUUCGAACAUACAUAGACAAAAAAAUUCGAUUUUUAUUUUUGACCAGUACUCAAAAUUGGAAGAAAAAAAAGUGUGAUAAAGGUCGUGUGCUGACCGAAAGUUACGGAUUGUCGUUAUUGAAUAAAUAAAUACGUUUAGUAUUUUUCACAACGAAAAGUAAUUAAAAAGUAUAAUAAAAUAUUUAAAUAUGAAAAUGGCUGAUAGCUGCAUUGUAUCUGUCCUAGUAUUAUGCUUGGCAGUGAUGUGCCACAAUGGGGAAGCUGCUGAAAAUGAUAUCAUACUCACAACACCGGAGUACAUCCAGCCAUGCAGUCGGAGUGAUCCUCAACUCGACACCUGUAUCAAGAACUCCUUCAACCACCUGCGACCCUACCUGGCGAGGGGGCUCUCAGACAUCGGCCUGCCUCCGAUGGAACCCCUGUACAUCGACAGACUGGUCAUGGAGAACGAUGCUGGACCAGUGAGGGUUACUGCGGCGUUCAGCAAUAUAACAGUCAUUGGGCCAAGCAACUAUACUGUCACCAAAAUCAGGUCAGACCUGAAGAAGCUCCGCAUCGACAUGGGUCUCAUCCUGCCUCGCAUAGAGAUCACCGGCCGCUAUGAGGUGUCAGGUCAAGUUCUCCUCUUCCCCGUUCGCUCGCAGGGAGACUUCUGGGCUGCGUUUAUUGAUGUGGCUGCGAUUGCAAAGGUAUUCGGCACGGAGGUAGAAAAAGACAACAUCAAAUACAUGAGUGCUGAACGACUGCUGGUGGACUUCAAGCUGAGAAACUCCAGGUUCAGAGUCCGGGAUACCGUCAAUUUUGGGAGCGUUAUUGGUGAAGCCAUGAAUCAAUUCCUCAACAAUAACGCAGCGGAGAUCAUAGAAGAGAUGAGACCUGCUGCAGCCGUGUCCAUAGCCAAGCACUUCAAGGCUUUCCUCAAUGCUGCCUUCAUGAAAGUACCCAUUGAUGUCUGGCUUAAACCUUAAAUCACCAUAAAUGGUUGUUAAGUUAUAAUCACCAAUGUAAUCAGGGGGUAAAAUCUGUAGAAAAACUUAAAAUAGUAAUUCAAUAGUGUCUUCAUCUUAAUGGGUGUGAGUUUCAGUGGAAUUUUGUGUUCAAUAACUAUAGUGCAAGCUCUGAAACAGCAAUCCCACUGAGACUUAAUCAAUAUACUAUUGGCAAUUAAGGUUUUUUACAGGAUUCACCCCUUGGUUUCAUAAGACCAAGAAGUCUGGCCUGGGCCAUAUGUAAGUACCUUUUCAGAUCCGCAUUAGAACCCAAUAAUGUCAAGCGUAAGCUGUUAAGCCUAAAGAUAUGUGUGUGAUAAUGUGAUUGAAAGAAUAAUUUGUAUUGAUUCUGAAAAUUUUGUAAUGGAAACGGACAUGCAUUACCAAUAUCUAUUAAUAAUAAUUAUUGAUUAUGUGUCAGAAAAAACAACAGUCCUUUGACAUUGAAUUGAGCAUCUUUUUUAAAUGCACAAAAAAUUAAAAGUUAACAUUCUCCCGCAGCUCCGCCGGGGUUAAACUAAAAAAACUAUAUUUGUAGCAAGUUUUUUCAGAAUAAGUUGUAUUUUAGCUAUGAAGAAGUGACAAACAAACUUACUUUCGCAUUUAUAAUAUUAGAAGGAAUUGGGAUUUUUGCGACUGGUAUGUCCGCCAUAAAGUGACUGAAUUCAGUCAGUAUAUAUAAUUUUGUGAAUUAUAUCAAUUUUGUUGUUUGAAAAUAUAAUUUGUAUUAUUGAUAAGCAUCAAAAAAAAUACAAGCCUCGUUCUACUUACGCCCUAAACACCCUGUUAUAAUUAGUUAAGUGAUCAUUAAGGCCAUUUAAAAUAACAUAAAUGCAUGUUUCGUAAAAAUUUUAUGUGAAAUACAACAUCGCCUUAUAAGUGUGGGUUGCACCAUGUUACUAUAAUGAAAACAACCUCUGACAAGCUUGCAAAUUUAAGAUUAAACAAAAUUUGUGUUUUUCAUGCUAUACUCCCGCUAUUGUUACCGCUAAAGUCAAAGGGGAUGGACCAAGUGACUUUAACACCGUAGUCAUUUUAACUACAACUCACAACGAUAGUUUGACUAUUAGAAACAUAUCAGAAGACCUAAUAAUUAUCCAUAUAAAACAUUAUUCUAACUAUUCACAUCUGUCAGUAAGUAAGUCGAAAUGUCCGCCUUUUUUAAAUACAAAUAACUAACCUAUUGUUAAGUAAUUAAGACAAAUGGUUAUAAUAUAAUGUUUUCUUUUUCUGACGGUACCUCGAUUUUAAAAUAGUUAUAAAUGUGGGACAUCGCUAAAGGCGCAAACAGGGCUCUGCUCCAGAAAGGUUAGUUUGUAGCCGGGUUGAUGCCAGGACAAAAAAGGAACCUGACAUAUCUAUGAAUUUUUUUUUGUUAGAUUAGCGAUACCAUGCUUGGUCAUUCUCCUUAAACAUAAACUUUAACAAGGCUAUGGUGCAAUUCACCCUAAGUGUUAAUGUUUCGUUUGGUGUGUUAAAUCGGUCAACGGACGCAAUUAUCAAUAUGUUUGUCAAUGAAAUCCGUGGGAAUAUAGGUAGCUGUAUGUAAUUUUGUUUGAUUGUCGCAUUGGCAGUUUUUUCAAUGAUCAGAUUGAAAGGCAACUAUUUUUGGGCAUGUACAGUACAGGUGCCUACAGAGAAACAUGACUUCUGUUCAUACAAAACAAAGCAUAGGCAGUCAAGUUGAUCUGUAGGUGGCUGUACUUAUGAGUGUAUUGGUAAGUUUAUUUAUUUAAGUAGUAACCAAAUUAGUUUUAAGAUUCUUAAGAACUUAAUUUAAUCUCAGUGUAUUCUGCACUUAAUGAAUGUGAUGAUAAUGUAUAAUUGUAUAAUAAGUACUGUGAAUAAUAAAAGAUAAA